AUGCUCCUAUCGCACCUGCCCAAAGCGCGUUGCCUCCGCAGUCACGCCGAAUCGGGACUAGUGUCGCACACUACGAAUUACCAAAGAUUCCGACGGUCGACGAAUCUUCCUCAUCUUCGACAGACGCCAACCCGACCUUUCAUCGACACCGCUUCCUCGUCGAACAACACCGCAAAAAUGGCCACCGAGUUGAACGUCCAGUCGGAGCGCGCUUUCCAGAAGCAGCCUCACAUCUUCCUUAACACCAAGGCUAAGGCUUCCUCCAAGAAGACCGCCCAGGGCCGCCGCUGGUACAAGGACGUCGGUCUCGGUUUCCGUACCCCCAAGACCGCCAUUGAGGGAACCUACAUCGAUAAGAAGUGCCCCUUCACUUCCCAGGUCUCCAUCCGCGGCCGUGUCCUCGUCGGCAAAGUCGUCUCCACCAAGAUGCACCGUACCCUCGUCAUCCGCCGUGAAUACCUGCACUACGUCCCCAAGUACAACCGUUACGAGCGUCGCCACAAGAACCUCUCCGCCCACGUCUCCCCCGCUUUCCGUGUUGAGGAGGGUGACAUGGUUACCGUCGGCCAGUGCCGUCCUCUGAGCAAGACUGUUCGCUUCAACGUCCUCAAGGUCCACGCCAAGACCUCCCGCGCUGUUAAGUCUUUCUCCAAGUUCUAGGUUAA